UUCUCUUUCUAUAGAUUCCUAUUCAGCACACUAGCUGUUGUAAGGACUAGGGUGGAUUGUUUUCUGAAUUUCUAGAUGCUUUGCUGUAUGCCUUGACAGUCCAGACACAAGACAAACCGACUGAGACCAUUUCUGAUUUAUAGGGAUGGCAGACCCGAUGAUGAUGGCCGCUAUGCACAACGGACAUCCCAACUACAGGAUGAACAUGAACGGUAUGCAAACUCAAGUUCCUCCUCAUGCAAUACGAAACACAAUUGCAGCACCAAUGAUGCAGUAUGUAGGUACCAAUCCUGAUGGAAAUAUGAGGACAAGAAUGAAUAUGCACCAGCAUACGUCGGCAGCAAUGUACCCUGGACAAGCCCAGCCCUAUAUGGCAACACAGCAACUUAUGGCCACUAUGCAACUUCAGAAACUCAACAAUCCGUACCAGGGAUAUCCAAGUAUGGGGAACCCUGGACUUUUACAAAGUCAGCUCACCUACAGAAUGGCACCUAGUCACCACCACCAGCACAUGCCCAUCCUAAAUGUGACAGACGCAGACCUCAUUGAUGAAGAUACAUUGACAUCAUUGGCUCUGGAAUUGGGUCUGGACAGAAUUGAAGAGCUGCCUGAGCUCUACCUGGGACACAAUGAGAUGGACUUUAUUUUGGACUUUGUUGGCAAGCAGCAGGUCAGCACAGUAACAUGCUGAUGGGACGCUUCUUGAGCAAAGUUCAGAUUCAUUUGCACUGCAUAUGGCUUGUAUAAAAUCUGGAUUCAAACCCUUCCCCUGUCCUGUUCUGUCGUAUUGGAAUUACAAAAACAAUCUCUUAUAACCUAUGUUCUGACUGAGAACAGUGGGUUUACUAACCGGCAUGGGACAAUAUUGACUAUUUUCAGUGGGAAUUUGCACUGCACUUAGUGAUAACAAGCAUUGGUUAAUGUUUCAGAAGGGCGAGUGCUUGUACGCAUUAGUGUUCCAGUUAUCACAGUAAACAUUCCCAGAACAGUAAAAGAAUACAGCUAGUGUCAGGCCUUUUCUGAAUAACAUACCGUAUGUCCUAUUGUAAAACUUGGAAAUAAUGAUUGUAUGCUAUGGAUUUGUAUUUGCAUGUAGUCACAGGUGUAUUUUGCAGAUCAGAGACUUAUUUGGUGUGAUGAUGUAAUCACAUUUAAUGCAAUGUCACUGGACUUCAAAGGCACCCUUAGAACUUAAAAAGGUGAGUGGUCGAUGGGGACAUUCAUUUUUAUCAAGCUACAAAUGUGGUUUAAAGCUUUGUUUCUUCUUGCACUAAACUUACUAUCGAGAGCAGAAACUGUAGAUUACUUUAUUUUUGCAGGGGAUGAAAAAAAUCCUUUAAUAUAAUUUAAAGAUUUUUCUAUGAUGCUCCUCGCAAUCUAGAAGGGCUGGUCCUCUCCUUUUUUGGAAACAAUGCUUAGGGAAUUCUAAUUGUUUGUCAUUUGCUGCCUGAUUCAGUAAUAAAAAAAUCAACUUGUC